GUAAUUAUUGACUCAGUUUUAUACUUUUUAUUUAAAGUAAAGGCAAAUGUUUAUAAUAAUUUGACAAAGUAAUCAUAAAAAGAUUACUAUAAGUCUAUAACUUAACUUAAAAGAAUUCUCAACAUGUUUGCUAACUUAUUUGGAUUUCAAAGCUUCGAGUCAAGAACAUACAAAGCCCAAAACAAAACUCCGUCACAUUUGUAUUCUAACGCGUGUCUGGGUCAGAGUCUUCGCUGUGAUCAGUGACUAUUAAACAUUCAUCUGCAUAUAUAACCCUGUCCAAUUUACGCCUACCGAUUCUCCUUUCUAACUCUUUUGGCAACCCGUUAGCCCGAAUCUAGGGAGAGAAAGCUAGGCGGCCAGCCGUAAUCUCCAUAGUCAAAUCUCGGGUUCACUCCUGCGCAGAAAAUGGCUGAUGGUGAGGAUAUCCAGCCACUUGUAUGUGACAAUGGAACUGGAAUGGUGAAGGCUGGAUUUGCCGGUGAUGAUGCUCCAAGAGCAGUAUUUCCCAGUAUUGUUGGUCGCCCUCGACAUACAGGUGUCAUGGUUGGGAUGGGACAGAAGGAUGCCUAUGUGGGUGAUGAAGCUCAGUCUAAGAGGGGUAUCUUGACCUUGAAAUACCCAAUUGAGCAUGGCAUUGUCAGUAACUGGGAUGAUAUGGAAAAAAUUUGGCACCACACUUUCUACAAUGAAUUACGUGUCGCUCCUGAGGAGCACCCUGUCCUUCUCACCGAAGCACCCCUCAACCCAAAAGCAAAUAGAGAGAAGAUGACUCAAAUAAUGUUUGAGACCUUCAAUGUUCCUGCAAUGUAUGUUGCUAUUCAGGCUGUGCUCUCCUUGUAUGCCAGCGGUCGCACAACUGGUAUUGUUCUGGAUUCUGGUGAUGGUGUGAGCCAUACUGUACCAAUAUAUGAAGGUUAUGCUCUUCCUCAUGCCAUCCUCCGUCUGGACCUUGCUGGACGUGACCUCACCGAUCACCUCAUGAAGAUCCUCACUGAGAGAGGUUACAUGUUCACUACAACUGCCGAGAGAGAAAUUGUUCGUGACAUGAAGGAAAAACUUGCUUACGUGGCACUCGAUUACGAGCAGGAGCUUGAAACUGCAAAGAGCAGUUCUUCUGUUGAGAAGAACUAUGAGUUGCCUGAUGGACAGGUCAUCACCAUUGGGGGAGAAAGGUUCCGUUGCCCAGAAGUCCUUUUCCAGCCAUCUAUUAUUGGGAUGGAAGCUGCUGGUAUUCAUGAGACCACAUACAACUCGAUUAUGAAGUGUGAUGUGGAUAUCAGGAAGGAUCUGUAUGGUAAUAUUGUUCUCAGUGGUGGGUCUACAAUGUUCCCUGGCAUUGCUGAUCGUAUGAGCAAGGAAAUCACUGCUUUGGCUCCCAGCAGUAUGAAGAUUAAGGUGGUUGCACCGCCUGAAAGAAAAUACAGUGUUUGGAUUGGUGGAUCCAUCCUUGCCUCCCUCAGCACUUUCCAGCAGAUGUGGAUUUCAAAAGGGGAGUAUGAGGAGUCUGGCCCAUCAAUUGUCCACAGGAAGUGCUUCUAAAAUGCUUCUACUGUUACUAUUACUACUACUUAGAGGGGGACUGCGACAACGGUUUGCCUUUUCUGCCUUAGAUGUGUCAUUACUAGCAAGUGUUUGUAGUUGGUGAGCGUUUGAUUGUGAUGUGUUUUUUCUCUUUCUUUUCAAUUUCUUAUUAUAUGGCUCUUUAAUCAGCUGGCGGACUUAUGUUAAUAGUUUAUUGCAAGGCAAAUUUUAUGAUACUUUGUUUUGGAAAGUAUUGUGAUGGUCAGGUUGGAAGGUUCUGUGUUUUUUAUCCACGUGGAUGGAUGCAUGUGUAAUUUGUGUUUUUUUUCGUAUUUGAAGAAUCGGCUUAGAAUUAUCUCCUGAAUAAUUUUUCCAUAUUUAAUUAUGCUCACAUAUUAUUUAUAGCUUUGGGUUCUGUUUGAGAUUGUGUACAGUGAUAUACAAUAUUGUGCAUACAAUAUGUUAUUAUUCGAUACA